AAUACCAAAAUAAAGUGUGAAUUUGGAGGAUUUUUCUUUUCCAAUGCCCCGAAAUACUGAGAAUGACAACGGACACAGCAAACUUCAUAGUCAGGCACUUGAGUAGGACAGUGUCAGGGUGUAACAUUAUUUGAGGAAAGAUACAUCCAGCGUGAAGCCUCCAGGAGUCUGAUUGUAAAGCACUCUACAAUAGUAUUCUUCAGGGUUUCACACUGGAAGGCAAGGGCAGGUCGACCUAGGUCUCCAGACCAAGGAGUCAGUCGGUUCAUCCAUUAUCAGGCUCCAUAACAUCGCGGACUGUAAGAAGAAGGCUCAAUGAAAAUAACCUCAGGGCCUGGUACCUGUCUCGAGGACUUGUUCUUACCACACCCCUGAAAGUUGCCAGGCUUCAAUUCACUCGGUAACAUGUUAAUUGGAAGAUUGGGGACAAGUUCUCUUUACAGAUGAGGUGGCAUUCCAUGGUGGGUCUUUGAUGUUCUAGGGUGGCAUUUCCUUGGACCUGCACCGAAUUGGUUGUUGUGCAAGGAAGAUCCUAACUUUACAGAGGUUCUACAAGACAUAAUCAAAGGACGUGCAGUGCUAUUUGCCCCACAGAAUUGAGAGAAUAUUGCUAAUGCAGAAUAAUUCCAGGCCCCAUAGAGCGCGUAUUGUGGAUGACUACCACAAUGAGGUUGGAAAUGUGUGCUUGGUGUGGCCAGCUUGAAGUCUAGAUUUGAACUAGAUAUGGAAAUGGCAGUUCUUGAUAAAUGGGAAAUAAUUACUAAGGCUUUUACCAGAAAUUUUUUCCAGGGAAUGUAAAGGUGGACAUGAUUUGUGCCACUGGAAAUAUUCAGUAUUUAAGAUUACAAAAAUUUGUUUGUGUUCAAAGUGGAGUAACAAAACCAAAUUCUACCACUUCUAAGCAGUUUGUGAGGAAUGGAGAAGUACGGCCUCCUCCUGUCACACUUUAUGAAUCUCAUGCAGUUGCUGAUGAAAAGGGCGACUCUGAAGCGCCAACUAUUAUUCCUGAGAAACCAUCGCCUGAUCUAGCUGAACCAAAACUGUUUUCAUCGCUUCGUUUGGCCAAGUCUGUAGAAUCUGGUGUUUCUAAGACGUCAAAACAAUCGUGUAGGACAAUCAAGGUCAAUUCAAAGCCGCAAACAUCCCAAACGAAGGGGUUAAAAACAAUCAACAUCCCGUUCGAUGAGCAAAUUUACAGGGGUCUUGUGGACUUGCAAGUGAGCGAGGAGGACAUUGGAAUUUGUCCAAAUGUACCAUUGAAGGUGAAGGAAUUUGUAAAGAAUAAAGAAGAAGAGCCAGUUUUGUCGGAUUAUUAUAAACCAGUUUUUAACAAAGAAUAUAUUAUAAAACCAAAUCCACCAGUUUUUGAUAUUCAAAAGCAGCUGCACUUUACAGGACGCUCAGUUUUAAAUGCAACUAAACAUUGGGCAGAUAUCAAUUCAGACUUUAAAAUAUAAUGUGUGUUUAUACAAUAUAUAUUUUUUUCUAAAUCAAAUAUAUUUCAUUUACUUUUA